AUGAAUAAGAAUCAUGAAAAUUGGAAGAGAGCUGUUUGGGGGUUUUUGGGUGGGGUUUGUGGACCGCCUGGUGACAUCACCAAUAACAGAGAGUUUGCCCUCAUCUCUGCCAAUAACAGAGAGUUUGCCCUCAUCUCUGCCAAUAACAGAGAGUUUGCCCUCAUCUCUACCAAUAACAGAGAGUUUGCCCUCAUCUCUGCCAAUAACAGAGAGUUUGCCCUCAUCUCUGCCAAUAACAGAGAGUUUGCCCUCAUCUCUGCCAAUAACAGAGAGUUUGCCCUCAUCUCUGCCAAUAACAGAGAGUUUGCCCUCAUCUCUGCCAAUAACAGAGAGUUUGCCCUCAUCUCUGCCAAUAACAGAGAGUUUGCCCUCAUCUCUGCCAAUAACAGAGAGUUUGCCCUCAUCUCUGCCAAUAACAGAGAGUUUGCCCUCAUCUCUGCCAAUAACAGAGAGUUUGCCCUCAUCUCUGCCAAUAACAGAGAGUUUGCCCUCAUCUCUGCCAAUAACAGAGAGUUUGCAGGACUGAGCACCAACUCCUCCUUCACAGUGGUCUGUUCUGGUUGGAGCAAGGUGACCUGGAAGUCUGCUCACGAGCCCAGCCUGGAGGGACUGUCUGUGGAGGACAGAGGAACCCCCAGUGUGCUGGUCCUCCACAACGUCACCUGGAGACACUCUGGGAACCACGUCUGUAAGGAGCCCUCGACAGAGGAGACCAAGGACAUAGCAGUCUUUGUACCGAACCCAGACAAAUGGUUUGUUCCCCUGGGGCCAGGAGUAAUGAUGAAGGAGGGAGAGGAAGGUACCAUUCCCUGCGUGGUGUUUUACCCCGGCGUUAACGUGACCCUGUAUGAGCUGGGCAGCCAGGCCCAUGUGGAAGGAACAUAUCAUCCCAGUAAAGGGAUCACCGACAUCCUGAAAGACAGCUCCUACAUCUGCCGAGGUGCCAUGUACGGAGAGGAGAAGGCGCCCCAGGUGUAUUAUGUCUACAGCAUUGUGGGUAAGGCUCUGUGUCAACACAACCCACAAAGUGAAACUUCAACCAAAAGGAAGAGUGUCUCAACAGAUGUCUUAAAAUUGUCUUUAAAAAGCUAGCUGUAAAAUGCUUUUGAAGACCAGCCCGCAUGAACGUUGGGCUUGUUAUGAUGUCCUCUGUCUUUGCGUUUUAUUCUUAACAGUCCAGAAGUCCAUGAACACCUUUAUGAGUCUCUUAAAAACAGUGCUGAAACAAGGCAAGGCCUUGAUGGUUAAUUGUACUGUAGAAAAGCAGAGAUAGUUUAGUUCACAUGGGAGUUUCCUCAUAAAGAGAUGAGUGAACUAAUGGGUGAAGGAUUAUAUAACUUUCACUGUGGACCUCAGGUGUUAUGGACCAGAGACAACACCACCCUCGCUGGGGACACGGUAUCCUUGACACCAAACACGUGCCUAAGACCAGGUACCCAUCAUACAUGUCAUUGACAUCCCAACAGAAUAAAAGAUUUGAUUAUGAUGACAAUCAAUGCAUAAGCCCCAUGAUAAAUACCUAGAAGCAGACACAUUUCUGUUGUUCACUAACAUGGACAAUAAAGUUGUAUUGAUAUUGAUUGUGUUAUUUUCCUUUUGACCUUUGACUUCCAGUUACCUCAGUACUCUUAUCUUGGUAAGGGUCAGGAUAGACAGAUGGGUCUCUACACCGUCCAGGUGGCCGAUGGAGAUGACGUCAAAGA